CGGGAGGCUGUGUUUGGUGCGUGCUCGUCGUUCGCUGGACGUCUGGCGCUGGCUCACGUUGCAGAUCUGCGCUUGUGUUCGCGACGAAUGCUUUCGGCUAAUGUUAUUUAACGUCAAAAUGUGUGUGUGACAGCGAUGCCGGAUUUAACACCAGAAACAACAGCUGUGACAGUACGGUCUGUGUAUGCUACCCAGGAUUGGCGUCCUCAACUGCAAUGGUGCAUACAUGCACCAACUGUCAUCACCACUCGAUUUCGCAGGACAUAAGCACAUGCAGCUGAACAACUGGAGCAGCACAAUCCUGAACUCGUAACAAGUAGUGAGUCUGCCUGAUAGCGCGUCCUCCCGCAACGCACCUACUAGCGCGGUGACCAGGAAAAAGGCUGUAUGAGAACGAAGUGGAUGAUUCAAGGGAUAAAACGGCGACCAGGAAGAUCCUGGUUCCCUCCGAUGCCAUGACAUGAUCGGGGAGCUCUGUAGGACUCGAGACAGGGGUCGCGUACAUGGAGCUAUCCUCCUCGCAUGCCUUCAAGGCAUGAUUGUGGCGAAGGUGUGUGCAGUGAAGCUGGUGAAUGUGGACAUCCCAUCUCCCACUACUCUGGGAGAGACCGUCGGUCUGAGUUGCAUCUACGAGCUGGACGGAGAUAAACUCUACUCUGUUAAGUGGUACAAGAACGAUGUCGAGUUCUACCGCUUCGUGCCCAACGACUGGCCUCCUGGACAAUUUCUUCCGUUGCCAGGCGUGGAUGUCGACUUAGCCAGAUCUGGAAGGACAUCUGUGUACCUGCGAAACGUGAACCUCCACAGUGCUGGCACCUACCGCUGUGAAGUCUCUGCUGAGGCUCCUUCUUUUGACACCGUUGGGGGACAGAAAGAAAUGAACGUCUUAGUUCUUCCUACCGAAGGCCCCAGUAUCACGGGAAGCCGAUCUCGAUAUCAGGUGGGCGACACCUUCUUCGUCAAUUGCACAUCGGCAAAGUCCAAGCCGGCGGCGACGCUACGUUGGUUUAUCAACGACGUUCCUAUCAGAGACGAGGACUAUGAAAACGAGUACUCGACGACAUUACACGGGGACGGAUUGGAGACUGCCUCUCUCUGCCUUCGCUUCAUGGUCACCGAGGACCAUCUCAGAGACGGGACCAUGAAGAUCAAGUGCACGGCCACUAUAACCGAGGUGUAUAUCAUGAGCAACGAGGAAGUCGUAUUUGCCAGGCAGAAUGGAAGACAUCAAAAGGAGGGCUUACACGCCAGUGAGAACAGGAGUAGAGUACGUGGAAGCACAAGCAGCUCUGGGACCAACGUAGCAGCUUCCAAUGCGGUCCUACUUUUCUUGAUUCUGCUUUCAAUACCGUGGAAGACACAAUCUUUGUGACAUCCAGCGUUUCGGAGGAAGCCAACGCGUGUGCGGUGACCACGCGCUGGUUUUCCAGUGCACAAUCUCCUCAUUUCUUGCUGCAAGGUGGACGAUUCACACUUCAUCUUUCCCGCAUCACUGUGCUCGUGCCUGAAACAUUGCGCGAAAAAUCAUAUUUGCCUCGCCAGCACGGAUUGCUUUCACAACAAAAGUGUGGUGUAGUAUUUUCGGAGCUUGUGCUAAAGUUGGUUAAUGCUUAUGUUGCCGACACGAUUCGCAUCUAGCCAGCUGACUGCCACAUUAGAUGUACGAACUGUACUCGUACUGCGUUUCUCACACCGGAUUGCGAAGAACACAGAUACGAAAAAGUGCAGAACGCUAACAGGGGGACUAGUUUGGCGAAAUUGACGAAAUAAAGCAUGUAAGGUGCACAACA